AUAUCCUCCAGCCCCAGGCAGCCAAACGAACAUUAGUUGACAGUUCAGCACGCUACUGUUGCCACACCCACCACCCCUCAGUUGAACUGCUGACUAGGUAGUUGUCAACUUUUUCGUUGUUGUCAUGACAGCGCACGCACGUGCAUACCAGACACACUGGGAAGGAACUUUUAGAUGCGCGCUUUCCAAUUCGAAAAAUGGAGAAAGAGACUGAGUCUGAGGCACCGCCAUCAUCAAUUAAAAAGAGAAGGUGUGGGUACAAGAAAGACUGGGAAAAUGAAUAUUUGUGGCUGAAAGGUGUUGAGGGGGAUACCGAGAGGGCUUUUUGUGACCUUUGCAAAACGUCCUUCUCAAUCGGACAUGGAGGGGAAUAUGAUGUCAAACGACACAGACUCACAAGAAACGUGUCCAACAGAAAGAGACAUCCAAAUCUAUGGAUGCUUUUCUCCGACCUAAAAAUGACUUUCUAGCUGACAAAGUGACUGCUGCAGAGGUGACGAGUGUGUAUCACACUGUCCAACACGCUACAUCAUAUCGAGCAGGAGAUUGUGGCACAAAGCUAGCCCCAACGAUUUAACCGGACUCGGACAUUGCCAAGAGGAUGGCCUGUGGUCGGACGAAGGCAGAAGCCAUUGUCACGGAUGUGCUUGCUCCUGCCUCCGUCGAAGAUUGCUUGAAAGUCCUCAGAAGACCACUGAAUGAGCAACGAGAGGCAACAACCAAAGCCCACACGCCAUUCUUCUCAGUGGCUUCAGAUGCCUCCAAUCAUGGGACCACCAAGCUCUUCCCACUGUCAGUGCGUUACUGGACGCCAGACUUGGGAGUACAGACGAAGGUCCUUGAUUUCUAUGAUGACAGUGAUGAAACAUCUGCUGCGAUCCACAACCAGAUAGUCACCAAGCUGGAGGAAAACGGACUGGGACUAGACAUGAUAUCUGCGUAUUCCGCUGACAAUGCUAGUCUGAAUUACGGGAGAUACAACUCUGUCUUCCAGAAACUGAAAGAGAACAACAAUUGCAUUUUGAAGGCAAACUGUGUGGCCCACAUCGUUCACAACAGUGCAAAACACGCAGGAGAUCGGCUAAAUAUCGACAUCGAAAAUGUCGUCAACAAGACCUUUAGCCACUUCUCCUCAUCUGCCAAACGCAUUGAGGAACUUAAGUCAAUUCACACCUUUGUGGAGAUAGAGUACCAGUCCCUGCUUAGACAUGUGCCCACAAGAUGGCUGAGCUUGUGGCCUGCAGUGAAGAGCCUUCACGACAGCUGGGCUCCUAUCAAGACCUACUUUCUCUCAUUGGGAGAGGACCAGUGCCCAAAGUCACUAUGGCAGCUGUUCAAGGAUAACCAGGAUGGUGAGGGCAACCCCCUUGAUCUACAGGUUUACCUGUCCUUCCUCAGCAAUGCGCUGAAGAUUUUCCACAACACUGUGCUGGUGCUGGAGCGAGAAGAUGGGACUGUCUGUGAGCUCUACGAUAUGAUGUUCACCCUAAAAACCAAGCUACAGCAACAACAGAGUGAUGGUUUCUUUGGAGCCCAGACGGGUGUACUCCUCCAGCAGUUUCCAGACAGACAGGCAGCUGUGCUCAGAGAGGACAUGUGCAACUUCUACCAGUCCUCUCUCACCUACCUGGAGCAGCGCUAUGACUUCUCAGACUCCAACUACCAGAAGAAAGUGGCUAGCCUGGCACUAAAGAAGAGCCCAUUCAACUUCUCCCAUCUCUGUGAAGCUGUAGAGGUCCUGCAGCUAAGCAAGAAGUUGGACAUGGAUGCGCUAUAUGAUGAGUAUUGUGUCGUUCUGCCACACCAACAGGCCAUUGUGCAGACUGGAGCUACAGUCGUGGAGAAGUGGGCCAACUUACUAAAGCACACACACACACCAAACAUGACAGCAUUAGCUUCUUUCCUUUUGAGUGUACCAAUCACCAAUGCUUCAGUGGAGAGGGUCUUUUCACUGAUGACAGGAUGCUGGACGGACACAAGGAACAGAAGUCAGAAAUCCAGGUGAAGAGCAACUUCACAUUCAGUUGCAAGGACUUCUACACUUAUGUAGUGAAAGAGAAGGUUCUCCUCAAUGCUGUACGAUCCAACAAGAAAUACAAGUUCAAGAAGAAACCUGAAGAUGUUGGUGAAAAGGUUUGAGUCCUAAAGGUGUCCCCAGAACACUGAACAGUUUUUUUUUCCUGCGCCUGCCUUUACUAACAUGCAAGUUCACCAUCGUUCCUCCCCCUUCUCGUUCCGUGAACCUCUGGAGUUUCCUGGUUGAACGUGAAGUGGAUUUACUAGGCAGCAUGCAGCGUGAGUGUCGGAGGUCAGCUCUCUCCCGCUACCCCUCUGGCGAGGUCACAGCAGCCAGACUCCCAUACUGAUACACCUGACCGUCUCUUGGAGCAGCCAUCCAUAAUCUGAAGAACUUGGGGAAGAGGCCAAAAAACCUGUCAGCAUGACACUGUGGUUCAGGCUGUGGUACCGAGGACGCUGUGGGGAACAAACAAAGAGAGUGU